GUGAAAUUCCUGUCCUGCUUAAGUGACUCCCCCCUCAGCACUACUGAGCGUUCUCAUCCCUUAAUACUGCAAGCAGAAAACAAACUUGUGGAACUCUUUUAAACUUCCUAUUUAACUUUUAAAAACUUUUAAUUCGAGUCAUGCGUUGGUCACUGUUGUGCGUAAUUAUAGCUGUUGCGUCCGCGCAGGCAGAUGCGCAAAUCUCCAGUCGGUUUGUCGUCGGAUGCCCUUCUCGGUGUGACAAGUCGAUGUGUCCCCGGCUACCAGCGGAUUGCCAGGCGGGGCAAACCCUCGACGCCUGCCACUGCUGCCCAGUGUGUGCGUCCGGUGAGGGCGAAGCCUGUGGCGGUACCGGGAAGCUUGGGGACCCCGUGUGUGGAGAAGGGCUGGAGUGCUCGGUCUCCGGCGGAGUGGCAUACACUGCAACGGUGAGAAGGAGAAGCAAGAGUGGGAUUUGCAUGUGUAAAACCACCGAACCGGUUUGUGGAAGCGAUGGAGUGUCCUACCGGAAUAUUUGCGAACUUAAGAGGGUCAGCCGCCGGGCGCAGAAGCUACAACAGCCACCUGUUCUUUUCAUUCAGCGGGGAGCCUGCGGGAAAGUUCCAGCUCAGGAUAACCCAGACAGCCCAAGACUCAAAUACAACUUCAUCGCAGACGUGGUGGAGAGAAUUGCUCCAUCUGUGGUUCAUAUUGAAGUUUACCGCAAGAUGACCUAUUCCAAGCGGGAGGUGGCAGUGGCCAGUGGUUCUGGCUUUGUUGUGUCAGAAGACGGCCAGAUUGUGACCAAUGCACACGUAGUCGCCAAUAAGCACCGGGUGAAAGUGGAGCUAAAGAGCGGCGCCUCCUACGAUGCCAAAAUCAAAGAUGUGGAUGAGAAGUCAGACAUCGCCCUCAUCAAGAUUGAUAUGCCGACCAAGCUCCCUGUACUCCUGCUGGGUCAUUCAUCUGACCUGAGACCAGGAGAGUUUGUGGUCGCGAUCGGCAGCCCGUUUUCCCUCCAGAAUACAGUUACUACCGGAAUCGUCAGUACAACUCAGCGAGGGGGCAGAGAGCUAGGCCUGCGCAACUCUGACAUGGACUACAUUCAGACUGAUGCCAUCAUCAAUUACGGCAACUCUGGAGGGCCCCUGGUAAAUCUAGAUGGCGAGGUGGUUGGGAUCAAUACAUUGAAAGUGACAGCUGGCAUAUCCUUUGCCAUCCCCUCAGAUAAAAUCCGACAGUUCCUGGCAGAGUCCUAUGACAGGCAGUCCAGAGGGAGAGCAGCUGGUAAGAAGAAGUAUAUUGGUGUGAGGAUGAUGACUCUCACUCCUGUGCUGGCCAAAGAACUGAAGACUCAACAUCACGACUUCCCUGACAUCACCUCGGGAGCUUACGUUAUGGAGGUCAUUGCAAAGACACCAGCUGCAAUUGGUGGGCUCAAAGAGCACGACGUGAUCAUCUCAAUCAAUGGACAGACGAUCUCAUCAGCAACUGAUGUCAGUGCUGCUGUCAAGAAGGAUGACACCUUGAGAAUAGUUGUGCGCCGUGGAAAUGAGGAUGCUAUCCUCACUGUUAUUCCCAUGGAGAUUGACCCAUGACCCUCCAUAAAUCACACCGUGGGAGCUGGAGUUGGGCUUUACUUAUCACCAGUUGACUUGAUAUUGGAGAGAGCUUUACUGACACGCUCUUUCCUUAUGGCCAAAGGCCAGUGGCACCACAUAUCCAGGAAAAAUCUGGCUUUGCCUUGAAAGAAACAUCUGUACGGAUGCUUUUGUACUUUCAUUUUCAUGUGUUCACUUUUAUUUGUUAAUGCCUUGAUCAAUGCUACCAUUGUUUGGUCACAAACAUAAGAAGUGGUUAUUGACAUAUUGGUUUUAUCUGCUUUGUCUUUUUUUAAAAUGGACUUUUGCUCAGUUAGGAUUUCUACUGCAAUUGUAAGCAAUUGAGAGACUAGCUGCGCAAAUCUUAUUUGUAUGAUUGUUGUAUUCGAAACUUUUUUUAAAGUACUGUAGAAUGUUUUUAUGAUUAUGUGUUGCAUACUGAGAAGAUAAUAAAAAGUUUAGCUUCUUUUGUCUUGACA